CAACAAUCGAGAUUUCACCCUCGACAAACCAAGUACAAAUUUUUUGAAGAAAAGCAUAAGCUAUACAGCCUCUUCGGCCUGGAAUAAUUUGCCUCUUGAGGCUAAAGGUUCAGGAAUUACUAGUCAGAAAUUCAAGUCCAUUCUUGAUCAUUAUUCCUCGCGUUAAAGUGUAUGCACUUAAUCUAAAUUUAAUUAGUGCGUUCGUUUGUAAGGGGGAGGGAGGGGGGGGGAGGUAGGGUUAAUCGUUUUAUAUUGUUAUAUAUGCAUGCCUGUAGUUCUACUUAUCUGUAUUGUAUUGUAUAUUUAUAUUAUGUAAUAUUUUUAACCAAACAGCCUCUUGAAAAACAGGUGCGCAAGUGCCCUGAAGAGCUACCGUUUCUAAAUAAGAUUAAAUAAUAAUAAUAAUAAUAAAAUAAUAAUAAUUUGUUGCAGUGUAUGUUGUUUAAACAAAUUUGCCAUCUACAGCAUUGAUUUAUUUUUCACAAUUCUGCAAACUAUUAAUGGCAGCUGGCAAUGUCACAUGUAACACAAGGCCGUCAGAAGUGGGGGGUUUGAGCCCCCCCCCCCUAAAAUUUCCAUUUGUAUAAGCAAAACACACAAAAUAACUAGAAAAGUGCAAAAGCAAUUAAAAUUUAUUCAGAUAUAUUCUUGAGUCCCCCCAAUAUUGACUUACUUCCGAUGGCCUUGUAACAUCCUGCCCAGAUUUUUUUUAAUUCUAUAACGCCCUGUAUACAAGGUUAGUACCCUAUUGAAUAACUUGCACACCUGACACCACUAUAAAGAAAAAUGGGCCGGCCAUUGCUAAUGUGCCAGUUGAAAGGUAAGCAUGAGCUACUAAGUGUGUUAGCUUAUUUAGGUCAUGGAACAAGACAAUUACAAAAGUAGUAAAAGAGGACACAUUAGUUGUGAAUAUGUUUUUUUUUGCUAUCAUCACGAUAAUGUUCACCCAGCAUGAAAUGAAAAGGUAGUGCACAACCUGUGCAGAGUCCAUUUUGCAUGUUGGCACACAAUUUGGCAUUAAAAUUGUAUAUUGUUGAUUGCUAGGGGAACAGGUGAGGACUCUGAACCCGGCAUUGCUUGACGAGUAAGAUACUUCCCAAUUACACAUACCACAUGAAAUAUCUAAGGUUACAAGGUGGCAAUAUAUUUGUAAUACUAAUUAUAUACAAUAUCUCAAAUGCUCAGAUGUAUGGUAAAUUAAAUUUGAAGUGCACCCCCCCCUUUAGAUUUUUACACUCCCCUGUUGGCCAAGGGUGUGUACCUCUGUCAACCCCCCUCCCCUCCCCCUAUAAACCCAACUGUAUGUUGGGAUGGAUUUACUGGGGGGGGUGCACCUCCCUAGCCCUGGCCAGGGGGGGGGUGCUAUUUUUCAUGAUAAAACAAAAAAAUAUUAUAGAGACAAAAUGAGAUACAGUAAUUUGAGUGAUAUCGAUAACAUGAUAAGAAGCAAACUGUGAACAACAAUUACAAUUCAAAUACAGUAGUCAAGCAAGACUUGACCUGUAAGUUGAUGGGCGGGUGGCAUGCAUGACCAACAUAACUUGGCAUUAGAGCUGGCAGAUCAACCCCCCCCCCCCUCCUACCAGAUCAUGCUGGAUCCAUCCCUGCCACCAUGACUGUUAGUGUUGGUGCUAAUUAAACAGUGCAAUCUUGAACGGUCUGUGCCAGGCUAGAUAGAGACGAUAACAAAAUAACUAGAUAUAACUUAGUACCUGAAAAAUUCAAACAGAACUUCACUUGAAAAGUCAAUAAUUUGUACUUUCCGCAUGGAUUUUCAAGCUCUGUGGAUUAUGGAAUAUAAACUAGGCUGUUAUUACAAUUUUCAAAAUUGAAGUGGAAAGUGUCAAAAAUUUCUUAUCUUGGCCAAUCUAUUUUUUACUUUUAAAGCAUAAUUCACUGAAACAUAUAGAUAUUAAUUUAAACUAUGUUUGAGAAAAAUUCAUUUAUAAAAUCUUUUUUCAGAUUAAUCAGGUAAAGAGUAAGAUACCUGGCAUAUCAGAAUAUAAGUUCUACCAACCAAAAAGAAUAAAAAGAUCUGCACUCCUUAGCUUGGCGCCAUAUUGAAUUUCGCGGUCGCGCUGGUAAAGGCCUGGGGACUAGGUGCUCUCAUUGAACUAUAAAUAAACUGGAAGGCUAACUCAGGGGGGGAAAUUGAAGCCAGUGCAUUUUAGUUUUUCUGAGUUAUGAGCAGAAAUACUCAACACUGAACGUUGGGCUAUAUAUCAAAUUGAAGCUAUUGAAAAACGUUAUUUGGUGUAGAAAUUUCAAGACUUUAGCUAAAAGGGAAAUAUUGAAAAACUACAAACAUAAUUACCGAUAAUUUGCCGUUUUGCAGUUGUUUUUGUAUUUUUUAAAUAUUUUUCUUUUCGCUGAAGUCUUGAAAUUUCCACACCGAAUAGCAAUUUUCAAUAGCUUCACUUUGAUAUAUAGCCCGACGUUUGGGGUCAAGUAUUUCUGCUCAUAACUCAGAAAAACUAUUUUGGCUUCAUCAAAUCAUAGGCCUUCAUCAUAGCAGUUAGCCUUCCAGUUUAUUUAUAGUUCAAUGGGUGCUCUACAUUGAACUAUAAAUAAACUAUAGUUUAUUUAUAGUUCAAUGGUGCUCUACCGUAUCUGAACCACUGAGCUAUACUAUAUUACUGGAGGACCUGCUCGGGAUAAAAAAGUGUCGCCAAAAACAUGGCGGAUCUGACGCCAUUGCCAUGACUACUGGUCCCUAAAUUCAUGGCAACUACCACUGUCCCAACCGCGAUCCUAAGCUUUCGACGAUGUACUUCACCCCCCUGGUUUGAGCCUAAAAAAUUUGUUUUUGAGAAGAAAAUCUCACUGAAAAUCGUGAUAUUUUUCUUCCAAUUUGCUUGAUUUACAACGGAUGCUGCAUUUUUACGCCGCUCGUAUGUGUGAGAAUUCUCCAAACAAGAACGAGAAGAAUAUAUUUUUAUUCACCGGUAAGAUUUUAUACAGUUAUUUGAAUAUUUCUAGAUUCUAGCUUGCUGUGUCUGCUUGCUUUUAUAUUAAACUCGAUAGAAAAAAAUUUAAGAAAUGUACGAAGCACAAACCAUAGGAAAAUGGUUGGGAAUCCUGUAAAUUUUAUUGAUUUUAAUACCACUAGUCUCUGUGUUUUCAUAGCCAUAGGGUUUUAAAACCUGCUUAUAGACUAUAGUGUCAAAAUCCUCACUGUGCACUUACUGUAUAUUUAUUUUAUAGCACUACAGGCUUUUAUAGUAUUAUAGAGAUAUAAGACAAAUUUUCCCUGACAAGCUUUGAGUGAUAUAUAUAGCCUUGCCAGCGGUUCUUGUAGCAGUUAUAUAUAAUGACUGUAUAUACUGUAGUUAUAUUAUUUAUCACUUCUACAACAGGCAGGUGAAAAUGAAAUUGUUUUGCUGAAUAUGCUGGGCCAAUUAAAGGCCAUUAAAGAUAUCAAGUUCAAACCAUUCAAAUGAUUCAAUACCCAUUGCAAUCAAGCAAUGACCAUAAACCUAAGCCCCAAUGACAGACCCCAAAUAUAAGCCCUCCUGUGUAGAAUUGCACCACAAGAAAUUCUGAAUAUAAAGCCCUCUCCCAAAUUUAACCCAUUAAGCGCCAGCACUCUCCCCUUGAAGAGUAAAAUCGUCUGGUGUUAGACAGAGUAAAAUACCAAAGUAGGGUGCAUCAGGGUGCAAUGCAACUCAAUGGGUUAAAUCCCUCUGUGUGAGCCCAUAAACUUAUUUUUGGACAGGUAUUUUUUAAUGCAGCGAAGGGGAUUCCAACAGCUCAGCCCAUCAAAAAUGCUAUUGAAUGAAUAUAAGCAUUGGGUUGUUCCAGAAAAGAUCCACACUCCCCACACAGGAAAUUUCAAAUUGCCGAUGAUUGAUAACAUGUACAUUUGAGAGCAUCUUCAGUGGUGGUAUAUUAUAUCCCCAGUAUUGGAGUAGAGCCCAACUGUUCAGUUAGACAUUAUUUACGAACUUCCUGUCUUAUAUCUGCAUAGAUUAUUUUUGAUAUAUUGUAAUGUAAAAUGAAACUUUGGGAUAGUUAAGAAAUACAAUUAAUCCAUUUAUAAUGGACAAGAUUGUCCCCUUAACAAGUAAAAUUGCCUGGCAUAUUAGAUGGGCUCAUAAAUGACAUACCAUAUUAAUUAACCAUUAGGUUGCAUUGUGCCCUAAUGCACCCUAGCUACUUUAUUAUUUUACUCUGUCUAACACCAGACAAUUUUACUUGUGAACUGGAGAGCCACUCAGUGCUCAAUGGGUUAACAUGUCAAUGUCUAACUGAACUGUCUGGGCUCUGCUCUGCAGUAAAUUUCCUUGUAAUUGGAGUCUGGGAUCUGUGACCCAAUACAUCUUCAGUGUCUUCAUAUGGUACUGUCACUAUUUUAUAUGUAUAAUGGACAUUUCUCAUUUAGGGUGAAUCUGAUGUAAGUCAUGUGGACAAGAAAUUAAUACAAGUUCUUUCGAAUGUUCAAAUAGCAAGAGUUAAGUGGUGCACUAGCUCUUGCCAGACUUAACUGCAUGCCAGAACUAACAAUUACUUUUCUCUAUAAUUUUGUGGGAAUGUGUUAUUUAUAUGUAUGUACUACAAACAGCCAAAGAAUAACCAAUGAGCUCUAGUUUUAAUUUUUUAAUAAUACUGUUAAGUAUUACAUGUAACUUGAUUGUACAGUUAGGUUUUAAUAUUAUUUACUGCUAAUGGGUCAUAUUCCAGAAAACAUCCAUACCACCCCCACAGAGGAAAUUACGUACAUUUACUAUUAUCAGAAACAAUUUUUUCUCCCCUCCCCCUUCGGACGUCAGAAAUUUCCUCGGUGGGGGGAGUGUGGAUCUUUUCUGGAACGUCCCAAUUGGAUAAUUAUUCUUUAACCAUGCAAGUUGAAUUAAAAUAAAUAAUAUACAAAAUCAAGCAAAUUUUUGUCUUUAAUUAAUUUUGAAACAAUUAAUACAUGUUUCUUGGAGGUUCUCUAACAACAGUGGCAUGAACUCAUUGUGGGAGCAUUCUGCAAUAAGCAAGAAUAGAUUAUAGCCAUAGGGGCUAUCAAUAUGGAAGCCAGGCUGGCCUGGUUGGCAGAACUAUUUAUUAUUUCCAGAUUAAUUUCCUUGCCAACACAAUUCUAUUGUUUUGACAAUAUUUCCAUGACCAAUGUUGUAUUGACUUUACUUAGACCAGGUCAGUCCAGUUAGUGUUUAUAUCCAUAAAAUAUCUUCCCGGUGUAACUGAGAGCUUGCCUUCUUCAGGUGAGAUAUGAAAACUGAGCCAGUCAGGUUGUCCAUACAAUUUGAAAGGAAUUUCCACUAUAAAAAUAACCACACAGUGAGUGAGAUCUUGCUUACUGGCCUAGGGCUAGCUGUCACAUUAGCCCCUACCUCAGGAACACCAGAAAUAUGCCAGCAGUUGAGUCAAUUAACCCAAUACUUAUAGGGAUGGGGCAAACAAGUUAAUGCAUGGCCUUUUAAAGAUACAUGCAACAAACUAUCAGAGAGCACACAAUAUACAUGCAAACUUGGGCAAAAAUGCAUAUGCAUUUUCAGAUCAGCUGAGCUUUUUCCAGCACCAGUUCUGAGCUCAUGCAUGAAAAAACCCGGUCUUGGCUAAAUCUAUAAAACCUUACUUCCCUCUUUAAUAUACUAGCACAUAAUAGUUUCAUGUCAACUCAAAUAUUUGUCAAAUUCAUAUACAUGUACAACCAUUAAUUCCUUGGGAUUGAGGGAUGAAAUUAUUAUAUUUUAAAAUUAAAAGAUUCGUCUACAACCACAUUAUAAAUACUCGUGGCUUAUUUUCUAAAAAAUAGAGUACAUUCUACCAUUUAUUCCUAACAUUUUUGCAUGAAAUAUUUAAAAUAGUAAUGUAAAUUUGAAAAAUGUAUAAAUACCUGUUUAUAAUCUGAUAAAUACGGAUGUUUGUUCUGGCUUGAAGUAUCGUUUUUGCCCACAUUUCGCGAGGUUUUAAUAGUUGUUUGUUGUCUUUCACGCUCCACAGACGAGAAUUAACGUGUACAGCUUCCACAUCUUUGAACAAAUUGUCAACAGGCGAAAAAAUAUGUCGAAAAUAUCAAAACAACAAGGAUUCACUGCAAAUUCGCCAAAUUGCAAAAAGCCGAAAUAUUUUUAUAAAAACCAGGGGGGAGUGAAAACUGUGGCGGGCUCAUAAUUGAGCCUUGUUCAGUGGCAAUUACCAUGAAUUUAGGGACCAGUAGUCAUGGAAAUGGCGUCAUUUUUCAUCAAAAUCCGCCAUUUUUUUGGCGACACUUUGUCAGUGAACUCUAUAUAUAUAUAUAUCUGGAACGAUAACAUUCAGUUGACUGAACGAAGUAUAGGAGCAGGUCCUCCAGUUAUUAUACAGCUCAGUGGGCAUUCCCCCCUGGACGUCCGCCAUUUUGAAUAUUAUCAGGGGGUGAAUGCCUCUCAAACGCGCACUGGCUAGGACCAUGGAGUUAGCAUUUUUAAGGUUACGCCAAAACCAUUGGAAAAUCAUAGGAAAAACCAAGAAGUCGGGCUUGUGUAUGACUUAUUCUGUGGUCACGUGUACACACGUAAAUUCCAGAUGUGUUCGCAACAGGCUUGUAACGAGCUUGUCAGUUGUCAACAAGUUGUAACAAUGCUGAUACGUUAUUUUAUCAAGUUGCUACAAGGUUGUCAGGCUCACAACUUGUAACGUUAACAAAUUGUUGAAUGUCUUGAAUUGCAGGAGGUUAACAAGUCUGUUGAGCUCAACAACGUUGUAGCAAGUUGUCAACAAGCCGAUGACAACUUGUCGACAAGCUAGCUGGGAACAAGCAGUGCGAACAAAUCCUGAUCCUGUUGACAAGUUGUUGGAACAACAUUGCUCCAAGUCUGCUGCAGGCGUGUUACAACUUGUGCGUUUUUAGGUGUGUAGGUCACGUGUACCUGGAUGAGUCACGUGCGGCGUUUUGGGUUUCAAUAUUCAAAUUGCACGAACACAUGCAGACUAUUCCAUUCUAUGUUGACUCUUCGAAGGCUUUCGUUACGGCGUUAGAUGGCCUAGCUAUUUUUAUAGUGAUAUCGCCUUGGUUGUAUAUGAUUUAUAUGUAAUCCUUUUUAUGAUUUUUGCAUGAUAAUUUUGGUAAUGUUCCCACGGUAGUUGAGGCUGCUAGGGAUCAGAGAGAACACUAUGUAGACGGAAAGGAGCUAGGACCCGCGGAAAGGAGCUACGACCGCUCGCAGUCGAAUAAGUCGAUCAAUGCGUUAUUUUCGGCACAUACCAUUGUUCACUAACUUCCCAAUUCAUAUAUCGUAAUUUCUUAAAAUAAAAUUUUUCCGGUAAUAUUUUCCGGUAAAUUUAUCAAAAAUUUUGCUAUAACUAUUACUUUUUAACCCGAACCACUCAAAUAUUUUCGCUGAUUACGAAAACGAUUUGCCGAUAAAACGGUUAUUUUGCCGAAAAGACGUUUUCAGGAGGGUGUCAUACCCCCAUAUAGCUAAGGCCCUGAUGUGAGAAUCGACACAGUUGAAUAAUUUUGCGCCGUCACAGCAAAAUUAAGAAGCUACUUUUGCAUUAUUCACUACGUCUACAUCAGGUAGGUCGUGAACAUAUUUACAUAAAGGAGAACGGUAUUGGACCGAGGAUAGAACCUUGAGGGACUCCAGACAUUACAGGUUUUCCAGACGAUGUAGCCCCUAGAACAGUCACACGUUGCCUUCUGGGGCCGAUUGUAUAAAACUCUUAAUCACUUUUUUAAUCAUUAUUUUGUAGUUAAAUAGUGAUUAACUCUCAAAUACGGGCUUCUUAUUGGAUGACGUUUCCACUCACUAUAAUUAACUUUAAUCACUUUUUUAUACAACCGGCCCCUGUUCAACAAGUAGGAAGAGAACCAACCGAGUAAACUACCAGAGAUGCAGUUGUGAAGUUUAUGCAUAAGAAUUUGGUGGUUAACUUUACAAAGGCUUUGCCUUUGGAUAUCCGACGUGAGUCAUUGUAGAUCUACAUAUCCAAACUGACGUGAGUUAGUUUGAUCUACAUAUCCAAACUGAGUGACUUUCCCAAACGUGAGUUUGUGAUAGAUCACGUCAGUUUGUUUCCCAAACUGACGUGAAUUUAUUAUAAAACACAAAAUACUCGGAAAAGUUUCUUCUGAAAUGCAAGAAAUAUGUGAGGUUUCCAAAACCUUUAAACCCCUUUAAAUUUUGUUGGAAUUUUAGUAUUUUACACGGAAAAUGUUUUUGAUCGGGCAUUGAUACCAAAAAGUCGGGCAAAUUUAUUUCUUCCUCCCGUACGGCUGUUGUGUUUGCAUCCAUAUACACACUGUAAACCAUAAUGUCGUCGGCUUCGUGUUUGUUGUUCUUUGGUCUUUGGCGCGAUUUAGAAAGCUGUUCUGUGAUUGGUCAAUAGGACAUAUAUUUAUGUUCUGUAUUUGCCUUGAGCUUUUGUGAACAUCUGUCGAUAUGGUAACGUGAAAAUUAUAUCUUUGCUGCGUCUAUUCAGAGCUUAAUAGUAUCGAUUGUUCAAAAGUGACUUUUAGCUUGUUAUGAAUGUGACAUGAAAGGAUGAACCAUAAAUUGACUUGGACAUUUGAUCGAUUUUACAAGCUCGAUUCGAGCAAGGUUAAACGAACCUACCCAAGCGGUGUUUCGUAUAAAGGAAGCUGCAAGGAAAAAAAGCGCAGUGGUGUUUUUAGGUGGCCAAAUGGAGCGUGUUAUAAUGGCGAGUUCGUCGAGAAUAAAAGACACGGGGAAGGUAAACAAGAAUGGCCCGAUGGCUCGUCUUAUGUUGGAGAAUUUCAAAACGAUGUACGAGAAGGUUAUGGGCUACACACGUGGUUCAAUGGCGAGGUAAUUACAAUGUCAAUGAUUAUAUGUUGGAGUGUUUAGUAACAAAUGUUUGCAGCAUUGUAAUAAUUACUGCUUCCAAAAACAAUAAUGAUAACUUUAAAAAACCAUGGGAACAUUCUAAGGAUCGUUAAUAUGGUUAUUAAAUAUUUAAUAGGGGUAUAAAAUCACGAGUGGUCGGUGCCAGUGGGUAUAUACUAUUUCGCUGACCUCAGAAUGACAUUUCGUCAAAACUUUUUUCUUCAAGAUUGGUUUAGAAACAAACUUGGAGUAGCGUUAGGUUAGGAAUAGGGUUGGGGUUAGGAUUAGGGUUAGAGUUGGUGUUUGGAAUAGGGUUAGUGUUAGUAAAACAGUUGCUUGGUUACGUUUUGUCACUUUGAGGCCAGCGAAAUAACCUCUUCCGUGCCUGAGUGCUGUAGUGCACCACAGCUGUCUGUCAUCUACUGUCUCUACCUGUUGAAGGAUGUACAGGUACCUGAAAAUUCGCAAGUAGGAAAAUAGUGUGGGCUUUUUGUCAUGUGAUUGCUUUUAUUAGUUUUAUGCAUGUUUACUAACAUAAAAGCACAUAUAAUUUCCUCCCAUUCUUGCUAUUAAACUUUUACAGAUGAAGCUAGGGCCUUCUCUUGAAACGUCUAAAGGCUGGUUUUCAUUAAUCAGCGACACUUGCCAAUAUCGAUUCUGUUUAACUGCCUAUCAUAAUGCAUCCGCAACUGUCUCAAGUAAUAAAAAAAUUGUUUUGUUGCGACAGUUGGCGGUAGUUGCAGACACUCUACAAUAAUAAAACAAAUGAAAACACUAUUUGCAAGUUGUCUGCGACGGUCUGAGACAGUGUUACCAAGUGAUGAAAACCAGCCUUAAGUUCUGCUUAUAUUUUUCACUGCAGAGCCAUACGCAGGAUUUUUUCACCAGGGAGGCAGUAAGACCUAUAUGCCGAAAAAAGUCCCAAAUAUCCAAAGAAAUAAUAAUGUCAUUCUAAAAACCAUAUUAAUGAAAUAUAGUUUUCUCUAGAGGGGCAGUUGCCACCCCUGCCCCCCCCCCCUGCUGUGUACAGCCCUGUUUUUCAGGCAGUUGUAUAUCCUUCACACUGCAGUUGUUUCUUAAGCCAAGGUGACAAAUUCUGCGUACAAAAUUCCGAUGUUUUUAAGCAAAAAUAUCAAUAUCUACCGCUAUAAACAGUAAUUGUAGGGUCAUUUCAAUUUACUACAUAAUAAGAAAUAUAUUAGAAAAUCGAGUAAAAGUUCUCGGCUUCACAAGAAAUCUGACAUAUUUAAUAUAUACAGUGAGUCCCAACAUAAAACAAAACAGAAGUCUGUAUGUCAUUGACGUAAAAACUGUAAUUACUUGUUUGAGCGCCGUCCCCGAAUAAGCAUUGUCCCCGAAUUAAGCGCUGUCCCCAAAUUAAGUGCCAUACUAAUUUUCAAUCUGCGGCUCAGUACCGUGUGACAGCAUUUGAAGUUUGAGAAGCCGAAAUACAGUAGAAACAAUCACAGUGUGUUGGUUUUUGCUAUCGUUUUGCCAAGGCGUAAAAAAACUACCUGUGGUUCCAGUUCCUGACCGACCCUAUUUUUUUCUGCCGACCCUAUUAUUUUUUUCAACGCGAUUGACUGUGCGACCCUAUUUUCUCGAGGUGGUUGCGAGCUGCUCAUACACUGUGCCAAAAUGGCAUCUGUUUUCACACUAAGUAUUGAACCAAAUUGCCUAAAUUCGUCCAUAGGAAAUUCGCAUCUCUAGUUAAUAUUGAUGUUGGGACUCUACUGGAAAUCGCCCAGCAAAAAAACUGCCAAAACCAUGAAAAAAAAUAUUUAAAAAAAAACUUAUUUCCAACCUACCAACCCUAAAUUUUUCACGAUAUGAAACGGAACCACAGGUAUUUUUUUAGGCCCAACCAAAGGUACAGAUCGUAAAUGACAUAAUAUUGUAUAUUGUGUGAACCGCGGAAGUGCAGUUGCAGAAAUAUUACUACAUGUAGAAGUUCAAAAAUUAAAAUGCUAAUAAGUCUUAGUGGUUAGUGAAAUGAUGAAUAUCAAUGACAGUCAUUACACUUUGAAGGACAUCCCCGUUCGUAAGGCUUACAAAAACGUCUUGUAUGAGAUCACACAAAUGUAUCCUUUUGUGAAUUUAAAUUAAGGGGAAAAUAAAAACUUACUUUACCAAAAUUACUUUACCAAAGUUUAAAUUCCGCGAUUUAAACUGAAUUUCGCGGUUUAAACUGAUUUCCGCGGAAUUCAGCGAUUUUUGGACAAUUCCGCGAAAUCGCGGAAUUUCCAGAAUGCCUGAAAAAGGGGUAUAUAAUUAUGUUCAUUCAAAUUAGCAUGCCUCACAAACAUCCUAUGAGUAUGGCUGCAUGCAAGCAACCAAGGGCAAUGCAUAUAUCCUGGAGGCAUAUAUAUCCUGGAGGAAACUUUUUGGACAUUUGCAGACUAGUAUAAUCUACUCUUGAAUGUAGAAUAAAUUACCGGUAUGUCUGCUCCUUCCUCCUAUUUUUCGGAAGGGAUUGUCAUUCUUGCCAACGAAAAGCAAAAAUGGAAUUUUAUAUUUUGUGAUCACAACAAAUUUGGCAUAUAAGCAUGUUAAAAUGUACCCAAAUGCUAACAGUUUAUACACAUUUGAAACCGCUAGGAUAUGACAAGUUUAAAUAUGUUCAAAUAAAUUUAUGACAUGCAGUAUUUCUGAAGUUAUAAUCGAUUAUGUGGUGAAUUAUAAUCCUAUAAGAAAUAUUACAACAGAUAAUCGAUCAAUCCGUUGAGAUUGUAGGAGAUUCAAAUAUGGAUAGGCUUAGAACUGACCGUGCAGAGGGCGACAUUUUGAAAGAACUGGAGGAAGGCAACAACUUUCACUGUAUGAUAAAGGAAUUAACCAACGACAAUUACUGCACACUCUCAAACACUCUUGGAUUUAAUAUUCACUAAAAGUAUUACUAAUAGCCCGGAAUAACGGAAAAGGGUCGAAAACACAGACCGCAAAGACAAUAACUUUUAGACAAAUGAAGACUACAAAUUUCGAACAACUGAAUUAGGAUUUGCUCAAUGCACCUUGGCAAGUUGGAGAUAUAAUUAAUCGACGACAAUUGCGAUUACUGGAAUGGUCUUUAUGAAAGUAUUGUUGAUGAAUUAACAUGCUCCCAUGAGAAAGCAAAGAGUGUGUGAGAACGAAAUACCAUACAUGACUCCGGAGUGGAAAAAGGCUAUAUUCAUGGGAUAUGCAGUUUAGAAGAGCCUUGAACUGUAGCGUGACACCUCUUUCGCACUUUAUCACCAGGUCGAUACGGAUGGAAAGGGUUACCAGGUUUUUCUCGUUUUCGAGCUCUAUCCUCUUGUGCUUUUUUAACACGGUGCCGAACAUCUUGAUAAAUCUUCCCACACUUUGCCAUGCUUCGCCUAACCAUUUCUGCUUGUUGGUCAGGUUUUUUCCGGUUGUACUUCAACCUCAGUUUCCUCAAUCGGGUCUGUCAUUCUGCCACCAAAUGUGAUAGAACAAGAGGCGUCAAUUCGUUUUCAAGUUUUAUAUAAAUCUCUUUCUUUUCUUUUACAAACUCAAUAACACAACAACCUUUUUACACACGAGGUGCGCAGUUGACCGGCAGCGCUCGCAAGCACAGGUAGCCCAACUCUCACACCAUGACACAGUUGGGAAUAUUCUUCAAAUACAAGGGCAGAAAGCUUUGGAUUGGUAUAACAACAACCAUCAAGUUAUCAAGAAAACAAAGGAAAUUAAACUACUAGGGGUUAACAUUAAUUAUGCGCCAAGUCUAGUCAGAAAGUAGGAGAUCUUAGUUAUAGACUACGCGAGACUACUGUACGUAACCUAAUAUUUUGCAGUGGUAAAUUAGCAUUAUACAAAUCGUCCACCUUACCUUACCUAACAUACUGUCACCUGGUAGGUAUCAGAUGAUAAGAAGCUAGAACGUAUUCAAGAGCGAGCGCUGAGGGCAAUAUACAGAUCCAAUACAAGAGUCAUACGUACUAUUUACAACAUGAGCAGCCGUGUUGUAUCUCGCCUUCGGCUCGAGUUUGUAUAUCCGAUACAACACGGACGCGAAUGUUGUAAAUGACUUAAAAAACGACUCAUCUUAUGAGUUCAUUGGCGAAGUAAUUUUAAAAAUAAACGUUGUCUAAGCCGAGAAAAUCAAAGUUAAAGUUUAUGUAAAUCAACAUGAAUCUGUAUCACAUAUACAGAUACGACACACUUAUGAUUUUUCUUUGUGUUUUCUUCAUGAAUUAUUAAUGAGUUUUUUAACAGGAAUUACUCCAUCGUGCUAAACUGCCUACACUGCGAAACGGGCAUUUACAGGACAUAGCUACACUGAUGUUUAAGGUUAAGCAUGCACUUGCCUCUCCAAAUUGUUUGUAAUCAUAUCUGAGAAAUAGUGACUUUGACAUUCCAAGGAUUGAAACUGUACGUUACGGAAAACGUUCGAUAAGACGUCUACUGUGUAGGCCCGACUGUUUGGUCAAAACUCGAAAAUGAAAGAAGAUCAUCUACAAACUUAUCAUCUACAAACUUAACAUCUCGAGUAUAAUAGACAAUAAUACUAAUUGCUGCAAACUCUGCAGCUCUUGAUAUAGGUAGAUUUGAAUUUUAGCUGUCUGUCCGUUUAUGUUUUCGAAUUGUGCAUGUAUUUUAAAGAUUGUAAACUUAUGUCAUGUUAAUGUAAAGUAAUUGUCCAAUAUUGUAAUAAUGAAAUAUAUAUUAUAAAUAGUGUCCUGAAUUAGUUGUAAAUAAGCUAAAUACAUUGACACCGAAAUAGAGUUAUUAUAUUAUUAUUAUUAUUAUUACGGGAACCACUGAGUAUUUUGAUAAAAUACAAAACAAUAGAUACUCCGAAAAUUGAAAGCAUUUUUUAAAAAAAAAUGCUUUAAAUAAUGCAUAAAAUAAUAAUAAUAAUAAUAAUAAUGCAUAUUUUUUCAAAAUGCUUUCAAUUUUCGGAGUAUCUAUUGUUUUGUAUAUUAUUAUUAUUAUCAUUAUUAUUAUUAUUAUUAUUAUUGUUCUUCGAAAAGAUUUAAAACUUUCUCCUAAUCAAUCAAUCAACCAACUGUGGAAAUCUACUAAUACCCAUGCAUACUAAUAUCCAAUACGACUUUUACAACUCAACCAAAGAAGUGCUUAAAGAUUUUCGGUCUGAACAUGAAGAUAAACUCCAAAACCAAUUAACUUGUCAGGGAUCCUUUUUCUCUAAUGUAACAAAGUUCUCCUUGUCGCAUCUUAACAAAGUGUGGUCUACUGCUCAAUCAUAACUUCCGAAAAACAUUUAUAACUUUACCGUACGCUAUAUCAAUAACUCUUUUCCGACACGUAAGAACCUUAGCAGAUGGGGAUUGUCUUCAAGUUCAGAAUGCUCCUUUUGUCUCGGCCCAGAAUCAUUAUUGCACGUGGUCGCUGGAUGUCAGUGUUAUCUCGAUCGAUUUACGUGGAGGCACAAUUCAAUCCUGAACUUCCUUGCCAAUACCUUGCAAACUGUGAACGGUUCUGCCCUCUACGCUGUCGCUGACGUGCCUGGAUUCAAAAGUCCGUCAAUAAUAACUGGUGAUACGUAUCUUCCGGAUUUGUUGCUAUCGUUAUCAAAUGGCUCUCUUUAUGUGGUCGAGCUCACUGUUGGCUAUGAGACAAACCUCGAGAGCAAUGCUAAACGGAAAAAAGCCAAAUAUAAAGAACUAGUAAAACAACUAGAUGAAAAUUGUAACGAAGUAAAAUUUAUAAAUCUUUCCAUGAGCUCCCUAGGUAUUUUUGCGCAAGAAUGCUGUACAUUCUUAGAAAUGUUAGGAAAUGUUGGUCUGGACAAAAACUACCGAACGUACUGUGUUAGGAAAAUGAUGACUAUUGCCAUUCGAAGUACAUACUAUAUUUUCUACUGCCGAAAUAAGGAAUGGGAAAGUCCGGACUUGUUAACUAUUUGAAAUAUCUGAUUGUCUUGUAUAUUUAUAUAUUUUCAUGUAUUCUGUCUUGUCAUUUUUAUUAGUUCAUAGUUGUGAUUCAAAUAGCCAAUUGUAAGUUACCUUAAAUUAGUGAGAUUUACAAUUGUAUAUAUAUAGUAAUGUAACAAAAUUAUUAAAGUUUCCAUUAUUAUUAUUAUUAUUAUUAUUAUUAUUAUGUCGCUAUAAGAAAAUUUCAUCUACAGUUUCACAAAAGUUCUUUAAAUGGGUAUGAGCAGGGUAACAGAAAUAUUGCCCAUUGGGGUUAAACGUGAGGGAGGAAAGUAAUUAGUUUAAUCACAGUUAAUAGUGGUUUAAUUUAUGUAAAUUUCACGUAGGCCAUCUCACGUGUCCCUGAAAGCCGUGGACGGUGCUUAGUAAUGUAAUUGGGAUGGCUAUAAAAGCCGUGGACGGUGCUUAGUAAUGUAAUUUGAUCGUUUCUGAAGCCUGCUUACCAGGGGUGGAAAAAGUAUCGGACCAUUGGUCCCGGAAAAGUUUUGAGUUCUCAGAAAAUAUUUCUCCAAGAAAGAAAAAAAAGAUAAUUGUAAUAAUUUAGAUAAAAGGAGAAAUUCAGAGGAAGAGUUCUAACCAAUAGAGAGAAUGUUACCUGUAUACUGUAGGUGUGACUUCAGAAAUGCAAUUGUAAAUAUAUCCAUCUUAAUAGUGCGAUAGUGUAUGAAUGUAUAGACUAUAAAAUGAUGUAACAAAUGUUGUAUGGCAAAUGCAUUUUUAGCCAAUCUGGGACACCUGAUUUUCAAAAUUUUCUGAUAGUGCCCCCAUGCUAGUGCCCCUUUUUUGCAUCUGUAUUUAUGUUGGGAUCCAACCCUUGAUGCAUGUUAUCUAAAUUAGUUUUAUGUUAUAUUCCUAAAAGUAUUAUUAAGAUUCUCCAGUGCACUGAAAUAAUUUUUUUCUGUUAAAAUGUUUUUUUCUGUGCAAACCCCAACAAGUAUGAAACAAAUUACUACCACCUGAGUCAUGUUACUUUACCCAAUAGUUCUUGUUUUGCCUCGUAUUUUACGAUUUCCCAUCGUGUUUCACUUAUUAUUUUUAAGUCAAAACGAAAAAGAUGUUUCACGACUCUGCCCAUGAAACCAAACGACUUUUAUAAUCGAUCAAUCUUGCUCAUUCCACCCCUGACAAUCCGUCAUAUUUUUGCGAUCAGUGGGAGGUCUACCCAUUCACCCAAGAAAUAUAGCCGUGAUCAUUGCUAGAUUUUGGACUUCGCUGCAGAUAGCCGAGCGGAAUGUACCUUCCCGGAGUAUGUCACUUUGGCUAUACAUCCUCUUUUUAGUGAAUGCAACAUUAGUUAAAGCAUAACGUGUCAAUCACGAAACCGAGACUCUAUGGCCAUGAUGAAGUACUGUCCGGAAGCGUGUAUUAGAUCCUCACUACUGGCUUACACUCUGUAUGCGCCCUGCAACGUGGUUCGGAUUUAUAGUUUAAACGUGAAACGCCUCUGGCUCUGAAUGAAGUUAAAAACCAUUUGAAAGAAAUUCAAAUAUUUCUAGGUAUAUGAAGGAACAUUUCUCAGGGACAGACGGCAUGGAAAAGGAAUAUAUCAUUGGCCAGAUGGAACGCAAUACGAAGGUCAUUUUUACAAUGAUCUCAAAGAGGGAUAUGGGUGUUUCCACUUUCCUGAUGGAAAACGAUUCGAGGUAUUAUACUUUGACCAGAUAUUGAUCAGUUCUAAGUGUUUCUUUGAUUCUUUUAAUAAGGUCAUUAUUUACGGCGGGGGGUGGCACGGAAGAAAAAAGAGUUGGGUAAACAAAAUUUUGAGCGAGUAAAAGGUUGGGUAAAUGAAAACCAAAACUCAAGGAUUGGGUAAUAAAAAUUUAUUGUCAUUUCCAAAGCGUGCUUCAGAUGUUUAAGGCCUAAAUGGCAAUGUCAACAUGCAGUCAUAUGUCAAUACAAUAUGUAAAUCAAUCAAUCAAUCAAUCAAUCAGAGACACUAUCUUGAUCAUUUUACAACUUGUCAAGGGGCAAAUGGUGUUUCCAAAGAAAGUACAUGUGCAGACAACAUUAAACUUGCACUGCAGAAAAUUGCACAAGCAGUUAUCCAAUUUAUGUCGCAGAAGUGGUAAAGGACUUGUGCGACAACUGAAUGGUAUCAUUUUGUGAAGCUUUUGGCCAUGGGUGGAUAUUUAUUUUUUAAUUGAUAUUUGAGGUUGGGUAAAAAAUAUUUGGUUGGAUCAUCAAUUUUUUACCAAGGAAAACAUUUCUUUCGGAGCCCAUAAAUAAUGACUGGUCCCUAUUUUCAUUAUUUCCUUUAUAUGGAACUAUAGAGUUUAUAGUAAUAACUCAAUACGUUUCUUUUCAAUGUAGGGCAUAUACAAGAACAAUGAACGAAACGGCGCCGGAAUUUUGUCAUACUGUGAUGGUCGACAAGACGUAGGCAUAUGGAAAGGAGAGAAGCUUAUCAGGUUGUGCACUGUUAUGGAAAACACUUUUGUAUUCCAACAUUUUUCUGAUUACUUCGUUAAUGCUGGGGAAAACGUGCCAUCAAAAGUAAGAAGAGCCAAUUCCGCUCUAGCUGAUUCGAGGAGUAUUAAUGAAGUUGAAGAAAGAAACCAAAGUCUUGAAAGCGUUGACGAAAAGAAAAAUAAUCAGCAAAUACCAGAAACGUUCCCACUGGUUGAUAUCUUGGUUGGCGUACGGAAUUCCUCUCAUGGUCCAAAAGGUCCUUGUGAGUUGGCAAGUGAAGAAUUUCUCCAUAUUUCUGGCAAAGGUGAUUGUAUGAGAGUGAUGGAAUUGGUGGAGGAAGGAUUGGUCCACGUUGAUGUGGCUGAUAAAACUGGAUUUACUGCUCUACUAGCUGCCUCUGUAAGCAUAUCCUAUAUACGUUCCGUUCUAUGUUUAAUAAUACAGUACUGUAUAUGCAUAAAAAUUAUUCUUAUUGGGUGAUAUAGCGCAACAAUUUUUCGAAAAGUUUCUGGUUUUAAAGAAAACUCUUUUCCACAAUGCCGGACGGUUUUGUGCAUCAUGAAUAUCUCUUUAUCCCAAUACUUGAUUUCCAGAAAGCGAACAGUUAGAUAGUAAUUGUCGUUUUGGUUGUGCUUUUUACAUUCAACACAUAUAUCCAAUCAAUUGCAACCUGUUACGGUGUUUGUGUAAAAAUGUCAUUAUUUUAGCAUCUCUUUGCUAAUAGAAAUGCAUGAAAAGGUGCAAUUGUAACCAUCCUUAUUUUAAAUGUGUAUAAUAUUUCUCAGAUAUUCAUGUUUGUUUUUCUUCAACCUGCAUUAAAGGUUAAUUGCCACAAGGAUAUCAUCAACUGUCUCUUAGAUUAUGGCGCGGAUGUGAAUAAACUAAACUACGAAGGGCUGUCUCCUCUAGCUGCUUGUCACGUGCUGUUUUAUACGAAACACACGUGGAACGAGAACAUAGGUGAAAUUCUAGCCAACGAAAACUUAUUUAACAGUGUUUACUGGGAUACACAAAGUGGAACAUUUGUACAGAGAAAACCUGUUUACUAUCAAAACAAAACUCGCUCUAAAAUUAAUGCAACUGAAAGUACUUCUCAAUCAAGUAUUAAUAGUGUUAAUGGGUCAAAUCGGGACAACUUGACUUGCGGUAUACCUAAAAAAUCAGGUGAAAACUCAACGGACAAUAAUACCAGUGUUGGUGUACGUGAUCCUGUAGCUUUUGAGACUGAAGAAAAUGUUAAGAAUCCCACUAAAACUGACAGUAAGGUCGUAUCUCGAAAAGUAGGAGAUCAUCCCAAAGGUUCUAAAGAUGAGAACAAGACGAAUGGCUUUGAUGCUUCUAACACUGGUCGCAAUGAUCAUAUUCCUUACGAAUCACAAGCUUUACAUCUAAAAUGUUGUGGGAUGGAAGGAAAUCCGGACAAAAUUGAUAAAAAUGGAAAUAAAAUUCAUAAUGUGGAAACAAGGAAAAGCAUAACCAAAGAAGAUAUUCCAAAUAACCAACAAGAUGUAACAACAAAUUGUCACAACAACCAUUAUCCGGAAAAUCUGUCUACUGAUCCCAAGGUUGAACAUAAGGAAGCCGCUUCAUUGGAAAUAGGACACGCACAUCCUGAAGUUGAAGUAUCUGAUCCAGGCUCUAAUAUUAAAGAGUCUAUUGUUGAACGCUCUGAAAUGGUUGACAAGAAUACUUUUAUUCACGUUUUUCUCAACCGGGCAGCUUCAGCCAGAUCAAAGCAAAAUUCGUCUAUUUCCUUCGAAAAUAUCAAUUCUAGCUACGAGGAAUCUUAUUCCGACAACAGGGAUGAAGUUCAUUAUUACCGAGAUGAAAACUCACGGAAUUUAACUGGAGAUCAAAGUAAAGAUUGUGAUGAGAAAGAGGAUAACCAUCUAGUUGUAACAGUUACUGCACCUGAUAUUCGAGAAUCUGUUCAGUAUAGCAUACAAAAUGCGAUAAGCAGUUCCUUGCAAACUACGAAUACUGUGGAAGAUGCCGAUAGUCUGAAAAGUGUCGAACAAAACCGGCAAAAACUUCUUACUCAACAAAGGUAUACGUUAAUACUUUGAUAAUUUAAUAGUGGAAUUUAUAGAAUAUUCAAAAUUUGCAUGUGCCUAAGACCUAAUCUUGGUUGAUUUCAGUGCAGUUAAUCUCAAACAGCAAUCAUAGUGUAAUUUUCUGCAAUCGCAAUGCAAUUUUCUGUAAUCACUAUGUCUAUGAACCAAUCAAAAUUGAGCUAAGUUUUGACGGAAAAAAAACCUUUAAAAUAUUCUCUUUUUUUUAAACAAACAUGGCCGCAUUUAGAUAAUGUUUUGUUUUAUAUACUGUUACGGUUAUUAAUUUAAAUGUUUGUUUGCCUUUUCGUUUGAUUGCUUUAAAGAUUACACGGAUACGAACAAGCAAGUGUUUUGUACCAACUGCUUUGGCAGUUGUGUUGUCUAGUUUAUGCAUUUUGACGUGAUAGCUAAUAUAUUUGUUCUUUGUUUAUUAAAGAUCAAGUUCAAAUUUGAUUGGUCUCGAAUACCUUUAUGUACAUUAUUAAUAAGUAAUAGCAUGGUUUCUCGUGAAAUUUGGAUAAACAUGCACUCGUGAGUUUUUCAAAGACCUCAAAUAGCACUCGUCCUUCGGACUCGUGGUAUUUUGAGGUCUUUGAAAAACUCACUCGUGCAUAUUAUAUCCAAAUAAAAAAAACAACAUGCUAUUAUAAAAAAAAACGUGAAAAAAAAGGUAAUGUUUUUUCACAUGCAUGCAAGAUGAUAUUCAUUGUGACAUCAGAUUGAAUAAUUAAUGCAUGCCUGUUAAUUAAAAAAACUUUUAUAAUUUUUCAAUAUAAAUUAAUUCAAAUUUGUUUAAAUAUAACAUGAUGUUUGUGACAUUUUGAUACUGACACACAUUCUCACUGGCUUCAUAAAAAAUGUGAGGUAUAUCACAAACAUAUUGUGUUUUAUUUCUAGACGUCCACAUUUAGAAGCAACUGUACGACUGCUUUUAAGACGAGGUGCCAAUCCAAAUGCAUCUUCGUUACCCAUGCCCGUGCUGUUUUUUGCCAUCAAGGCUGCUGAUGCUCCUGCUGUUAAACUACUGUUGGAGAAGGGCGCUGAUACAAAUGCAAGACUUUCAAAAGAGGUACGAGUGCAUGACACCUCAAUAAUUGUGACUUUGUGAGUCUUUUAUGAACUGGCGAUAAAUAAUAUUUUGCCGUUGUCUGUUCAAAUAUGGAUACACAGUAUGACGUCAUAAUGUGAUAAGAACAAAGUGUUCUUACUACAUUGUGAUGUCAUACUGUGUCUCUAUACUGUAUAGACAACAGCAGAAUGUUAUCUAUUUGUUUCAUGUAAUAAGAAAACUAAUUAAACAGGUAAAUAGUUCAUUUUAUCUCCCCCCCCCCCCCCCCAAAAAAAAAAACAUUUGGAAAAUUGAAAAAGUCGAAAUCUUACAAAUAUCGCGCGUACAUGAGUCAUGGUCUAUAUACAAACUACCUGGUAUAAUACAAAUUACUUAAACGUUUUUCGUAUCUGUUUUGUAUAAUAUUAUAAUAAUCUAUGUUUAUUGGUCGAGAGGCAUGAUUAUACUAGAUGACAGACAGAGCUAUCUAUGAUCUAUGAGAAAGCCCAUCACAUCUCACUCACAAAUAUCAGGAACAUAUUUUUAUAGAUCAUGGAUCACGUCUUGGUUGUUCGUGGGCCAUUUUUUUCGUAUCUGUUUUGUAUAAUAUUAUAAUAAUAUAUGUUUAUUGGUCGAGAGGCAUGAUUAUACUAGAGGACAGACAGCUAUCUAUGAUCUAUGAGAAAGCCAAUCACAUCUCACUCACCAAUAUCAGGAAUAUAUUUCUAUAGAUCAUGGAUCACGUCUUGGUUGUUCGUGGAUCACGUCUUGGUUGUUCAUUUUUUUGUUUUUACUGAACAGACUGUUAAACAGUAAAUUGUUAUCUAUUUGACAGUAUUUGUCCAUAUAUAGGAUGGUUUUCCAAUGCGGCCGCAUCUUAUAUAUACAACACGGCCGCACACGCUGUAUAUGUACUAUUUAUCAUAUUUAAAAUGCGAGUGUUUUAUCAUAUUUAAAUUGCGAGUGCGCAGCACGAGCAUUUUAGAUAUGAUAAAACACGACUACAAGUGUUUUGAAUAGCUUCAAAUACGACUUCAAGAAAUGCCGUCUCAUUGGUAUUCUUUAUACUAAUUAGGAUGGACUUUUAUAUAAAGAAUACUAAUGAAGAUGAGUUUGAUCAAGUAUAAAGCCUCUUCACGUGGCAUAUUAUGGUUGACGUGAUUUGCCAAUAAGCUUAUGAAUUAUUAAUAAGUGUUUGAAAUACUACACAAAACUUCGACACAUUGUCAAAACCAUUGAUAUAUUACUGACACGUUUCCGCUGUAUACACUUUCCACUGUUUCAAUCAUGCCAUAACUGCUGUACAUAUACUGUAAUAUAUUACUGUUUAUACUGUAUGUUAUGUUUUACAGAAACUGGGUAUUACUCCUCUACAUAUUGCUGUUGCAUUGCCGUCUGAUGCAAUUUCUAUUUCUAAACUGUUGCUCGAAGCUGGGGCUGAUCCAAAUUUGAGAGAUUUUGCUUUUGGGGAUGUAGAAGAUGGCCGUACGUCCUUACAUACAGCAUGUUGUAGGGAAGAUAAUGAUGAAGUAAGUUAAUAUUUUCAUUAAACUAGUGAACAAAUAGAUGAUUUUCUAAAUCCUUCCUGGCCGACUCCCACUAACUUAAACUGCCGCAGUAACUAUACUGUAUAUAAACUGGAAAACUGGGCUGAUUGAAGAAGUCUAUACGAUAAGGGAGUUAUAUAAGAACUUCCGAGUUCCGACUACUACAGACUCUCCUGAAACAAUGAUAUAAAGCUAGCAAGUAUCCAUCAAACAGGACCUGCGUGCGUUUUAUACAAACGGCGGGAAUUGAAUCUUGCAACCUAAUAAAACCGUUUACAAAACUACAUGCAAGCGGACGGACAAACACAGACUCUUAGCAAGGACUGCCGAUUGAUCUGAGGCGAUACCUUGCACAUGCGCAGCUACGGAAACCAAACGAAAAAAUUAUUAUAGUUUCUCGCUGGCUGAAGUAUGAAAGAAGCGAGAAGCGGGUUCUCACACUGGGGGGCCCCGGGCGAGGUACGAUGCCCUUAUAUGGGCAUGCGCCUCGAGAUAGAGCAUGUUUUGUCUUUUGCCGCAAGUGUGGUAGUUUGUGCCUUAAAACGCUCUUAAAAAAACCUGAAAUAUUUUAUCGUGAAGAUGUCCAAGUUCUUCUGUGCUCCGACGCUUGGAAAGCCACAAUAAGAGUCCUCAUGAUGGGGAUUUCGAAGGAGAACUUAAUAACAGCAGACGAGAAUCGCGGGAAAGCGAGAGACGUAAGGAACGACAUCGUUCGCAAAGCCAUUCUUCUCGUCAAAGUCGUUCCCGCCAACGUUCGCGAAGCAACGAUCGAGAGGAAACGAUACCCGGUUGGGCCCAGCAGCUAUUAAACGGACAGGGAGAGUCUGAUCAGCGACUUAAGACGCUGGAAAAACAGCUCAACGAUACGAACGCCAAGCAAUCGUAUGCACGCAAGCGGGAACACUCGCCCACACCAGAAUUUAAAUACAAGCGCAACAAAGUUCAGUACGAGCUGAAUAAAAGAAUUUUGGGCAAGAUCGAAACAGCUUUAGACGCGUCUGACGACGAAGAACGUAGUGGAGCCCUUGACGAAGGUAGGAAAAUGUUGAUAGAACGCAAUAAACAUAUUAAACUAGCCGAAAAAUACGGAUGGGAGGCUGUUGAUUGUUAUAUCGAUGAACCGCUCGCGAGCGACUCAGAUGACGACAAAAAGAUAAGGCGUGCGAUUAAGGAGAGUAAAGUUCUAAAAGAAGAAAAACGUACAGCUGCGACAGCAUCUAGAUUGCCAGUCAAUAACUCCCAAUCCAAAGUAGGCACUCAACCGCAGAGAAUUCCCAACGAGAGCAAUUUUCGCCAAGUCAUCAAAAGGUCCCCUGGCUCGCUGCCAGCUCAGGACACCACGUGUUUUCGUUGCGGACGAAAAGGCCAUUAUGCCCGUUACUGCAGAUCUCUCGUCGCCCUUAACGACUCCCCUCGCCCUACGAAUAACUAGUAAAGAUUGCGCCGAACAGACAGCGACCGAGCUCGAAACGGUUAAUGAUUUAGACUAAAUGUGAACAUGCUAUUAGACAAUGUGCAUGAAGCGCCUGACCAAUGUGUCAAGGCCAAGGGACGUUUAAAAGAAAAGGUUGAAUUUUGGAAGCACAUUGGCGCUUCACGUUGGGUUUUAACAGUUAUUCGCGACGGAUACGCGUUACCUUUUGUUGAUCUACCUCAAAGACACAUGUCCAAGAAUCACAUGUCGGCAUACGAAAUGCUAAAUUCGUUGAUUCGGAAAUUGAGAAAUUAUUAAGUUCAGGUUGUGUCAAGCAAGUGACCAAGUGCAUGUAAUUUCGCUCUCAGCGUGGCGUCAAAAAUGGGAAAGACAGACUUAUUUUAGAUUUACGUUAUAUCAACAGUUGUUUAAGAGUUUUAAAGUUUAAAUACGAGGAUCUGAGGACUUCAAAGACAUAUUUCGACCUGGGGACUAUAUAUUCAAGUUUGAUUAUAAGUCAGGGUAUCACCAUAUUGAUAUUUUGCCGGAACAUUGGCAGUACCUGGGUUUCUCCUGGGGAACAGAAAAUUCUAAACGGUUUUUCGUUUUUACUGUUCUGCCAUUUGGACUAGCCACAGCACCAUAUGUGUUCACACAAGUGCAAAAGGCUUUACUGAAGUUUGGCGAUUACAAGGGAUUCGCAUAUUUACAUAUUUGGACGACGGGAUUGGGGGACAUUCAUCAGCCCAGCAAGCAGCAGCCGUGUCGGAAAAAAGUAAAAAGUGACAUAAAACUAAGUUGGUUUCUUUGGCAUCCAGAUAAAAGUGUCUGGGAACCAACACAGUGCGAAGAAGUGCUGGGAUUUUUUGUUAACCGUGUGGAUGGUUAUUUUAGAGUGCCUGAGCGACGGAUUGUUAAACUAAAUAAUCAGUUGCACACUAUACAAGUCAAUAACUAUAAAACAACAGCUUAUGGCAUAGCCAAGCUCACUGGUACAAUUAUAUCAAUGGGUUUAGCACUAGGGCCCAUAGCUCAGGUAUGGACACGGGGGCUCUAUCGUAACCUUAGAGGCGCUCGAUGCCUUUACAAUAAACUGGAGUGGGGACAAUUACUGGAUUUUUCCACCACCAUACUUGAUCCCAAAAGUAAUUCCCACAUGUGUGCUAACAAAGAAGAGGGUACUUUGAUAGUGCCUCUAUGGUCUUCUGCAUACUGGUGGCCCCUUCUUACUAUAGACGGCAGGCGUCCUAUGCUUUGGAUUUAUACCGAGUGGUUGGAUAUUCCACUGACGAAGACACCUUCAUUCCAGCAGUUAGCCACGCAUGCCUCUUUGGGUCUGGCACCCCAUCAUAUCGAGUUCUCGCACUUAAAGUUUGUUUUAAUAAUAAUUUACAAAACAUAGUGAAGCUAUUCAUCUAGAUGGAUUCUGGAAGAAGUAACAGCUUGUGGCUAAAUUACAUACUGUAUGUAUGUGCCUGUGAGAGGCGUUUAUUUGUGAGAAUAAUUAUUGGCAAACUGUAUUGCUUACCUAGGGUACUAUGCUUGUGAGAAACUCAACAGCCUGUGAGAGGCACAACUGCCUGUUAGAGGCAUGACUACUGUGAGAUUAUAUAUGUGCCUGUGAGAGGCGUUUAUUUGUGAGAAUAAUUAUUGGCAAACUGUAUUUGCUUACCUAGGGUACCAUGCUUGUGAGAAGCUCAACAGCCUGUGAGAGGCACAACUGCCUGUUAGAGGCAUGACUACCUGUGAGAGGAACAACAGCUUAGGCAAUGCAGCACUGCCUGUGAGAGGCUCAUAGUGUACCUACAGUACCUGUGAGAGGGCAUACACAUAGUAAACCUGGAAUUGACUUGCAUAGCCAUAUUAAUGAUAUUGUGUCUUGAUUCAUAGAGGUUACAACACGAACGGCACCUGCCAGAGGUUUCCACCAUGACCCUGAAUUGAAUGCACUUGCUAGAGAUAUACCGAAGAUCAUAAUGCAAGAUCGGGCACCGCAGACAGUCAAGAAAUACUUAAAUACUUUCCAGCAGUGGAAGAAGUGGGCAAAGAGAAAAGGUCUCCAUGCCCUCCCUGCAUCAGGGUAUGAAUUUGCUUUGUAUAUUGCUUACCUGCUCAGAAAGGCCAAGUCAGUGUCAACAAUUCAUGCAGCAGUUUACGGGGUAGCAUGGGCACAUAAGAAAGUAGCUGCAGUAUCACCGACAGAGCACCCUUUAGUUAAACAAAUGGUUGAGGCAGCAAAAAGAAUAAUCGGUAUUGCCCCAAAAACAGAAAGCAACCACUAGGCAUAGAUCAUAUAAAGAAACUUGUUCGUAAAUUUGGUGGUGGUGGAGACCUGAGUAAGCUGCAGAUUACAUGUUUAAUAACAUUGGGUUAUAGUGGUUUUUUGCGAUGGGAUGAUUUGGCAAAGCUCAAAAAACAGGAUGUGUUAUUUUACGAAGAUCAUAUGCGGAUUUUUCUUCAAAAGAGAAAAAAUGAUCAAUAUCGUGAGGGUUCAUGGAUUUUUAUAGCCAGCACAGGCAAUUGCACAUGUCCAGUAAAGUUGAUGAAAGAGUUUUUUCGACAGGGCAAACGUCAGCCGAGUGAUUUUGUGUUCAGGAAGGUGUCGCAUACAGUUAACGGUAUGUCACUUAGAUCCCAAGCAAUGACGUAUUCGCGGGCAAAGGAAUUGUUCUCGAAGCACCUAAAGGGGCUCGGGUUGGAUCCAUCUAAAUAUGGUUUACAUAGUCUUCGCUCGGGUGGUACCACAGAGGCAGCAGCUUGGGGAGUCCCAGAUCGGCUGAUUCAAAGGCAUGGCGGUUGGCGCUCUGAAGUGUCCAAGAACAUGUACAUUCAGGAAACGAAAAAUGCACUUUUACGUGUAUCAAAAAGCUUAGGACUGUAAACAGUGUAGGAUAAGGAACUGUUAAAAUCAUAAAUACAUGCUACUCUAUAUGUUGUCAUUGCGGUGGCAGACUACACGGCAACCCAGUGUGAGAAUUAUAGUUUCUCGCUGGCUGAAGUAUGAAAGAAGCGAGAAACGGGUUCUCACACUGGGGGGCCCCGGGCGAGGUACGAUGCCCUUAUAUGGGCAUGCGCCUCGAGAUAGAGCAUGUUUUGUCUUUUGCCGCAAGUGUGGUAGUUCCCGCCCGCCCACCCUUGUGGUUCGAGACAUUGUUUAGGGUUAUUAAUAUUGGGUCUAUAUGUUAAUUUUGUGUAUGAAAACAAUUGUUAAUAAAUAAAGGCACUGCUACUUUUGCGGUGGCAGACUACACGGCAACCCAGUGUGAGAAGUAGUAUUACGUUAGCAUUUCACGAUGAAUUAUAGCUUACUUUUAGUUCAAUCAGCAGUAUAAAUUUAUUAACAGGAUGUUAUAAAACGACCUGCCUGUACCGCGUGUCUGUGAAAUCUUAAAGAUUAUUGGAAAUCUCAAUUGCUGUGAACAGCUUAGGAUGUGUUUUGUGACUGCAUAAAUUAAAUGCGCUCCAGCGGUUUGGUCGAUAAUGAAGUAAAAUACAGAAAUAUUUUACUUUCUUUCUGUUUUACUUAUUUUGUUGGUUGGUUGUCGAGUAUAAGAUGUCUACCUAUACUGGAAGAUAGUAUAAUAUUUAAUGUAUACCGUGUAUACUUACUUAUUCUUUGUUCAUGUACAAGCCAUGAACAGUACACUUUUAAUGUAUUAUCAUUAAACCUACUUGUUUCCGUAUUUAGGAUGCAAAUCUUGUGAUAAGAUUACUGCUGGAUUAUAAAGCUGACCCUAAUUUACUUUGCAUUGGCCACUCAGCAUUGUCGCUGGUCAUUGGAAGUGGAAAUGAUUUGGUAAACUGUUUUUUUUUAUAGCUGUAUUUUAUUUUUGGAGUAUUUUCGACAUCGUGUGCUAGGAACGUUUCUUUGGCCAUUAGUACUGUCACUACUGUGUCGAUGUUUAUUACAUGUACAUGUCCGUUUGCCCGGCAGGGUUAUCAUAACUAAAGACAUGGAUAAACACGAUUCUCCUCAGUGUAGUAACAUCACUGAGCAAGACACAAUAUAGACUGGAAAUUCUGGAAUAGUACAACCGCUGCCUCGUGCAUCACGCGCGCGCAGGCCUGGGUACAAGGCAGUACUACCUGCAUGUUUUAAUUGCAUGCGUGUGGUGGACACGGAGUUAAUGGCAUGGAGCAGGAGGGGCAACCGCUCCCCCCCCCCCAAUAGUUUCUGCAAGACUUGCUUGAUAGCCGAAUAACUGUGUAACAAACCUGUAAAACUAAUUUUUCAACCAUGAAAACAUUAAUAGGCUAAAAGUUAAGCUAUAGGCAAAAACAAAACUACGAUUCUCAGCUACAAAGGGUGGUCAUAUGUUGACAACCUAAUUGGCCCCUCCUCCUACCCCCCACUAUUUCACACUCGUAAAGCUACUUCGAAACGCUAUGUUAAAAUUACACGUGCUAUUUUGAGACACAUUGGUAGUGUCCUGUUUGCGUUUUGUUAUGGUUUUAAUGUUUACUACUCAGCAAAAAUAUUUGCUUUUGUGUUCAGGCUGUUGAAACUUUGCUCAAGGGAAACGCAGAUCCUAGUUUGUCCUUAACCCAUGGUGUGGGAUCACCAUUGUGUGCAGCUGUCUCAUUCACCGCUGAAAAACGACGAAAAAUUGUUGAUCACGUACGCCUGGUAGGUAUAGUAGUACUUUACGAAUACAUCUAAUCGCAAAAUUAGGUGUUAUACAAGAUAACAUCUCGAACGGUUUGUUCCAGUGUAGGUAAGGACGACAGAGGUGUAUAUUCUUCUAUAAUUUCCCCCCCCCCCCUGGGGUGGGGGAAAAGAAUCAAAGGGUCUUAGGGCUAGGGAAGAAAAUCAAAGAAGAGUAGAAAAAAAUGGAAAGGCAGAGAGAAAGGAAGAGAACAAUUUCCGUGGGUAAUUCGUGAAAAUCAGUGUUUCCACUUUCCAAAAUGAUUUUUUCUAAUUUUUUCCUAAAAAAUGGAAAGUAAUGAAAGUAUGGAAAGUAACUUAAAGUAAGAAAGUAAGAAAGUAUGGAAAGUAACUUAAAUAAAUAUGAAAAGCUUUACUGAGGAUUGCAAAUUUAGUAAAUAAUAACUUAUAACUAGCUAAUUUAUAAUUUAGGUAUUUUAUUCUAUCUUGAGGAGGGGACAAAUAUACUAUGUCACAGUAUUACUAUUAGGUACAGGCCUUUGAGGCUGAUGUAGUAAAGAUAUGGGGAAAAGAAUCAAAUCUGAAAAGAAGGGGGGGGGGGAAGAAUCAAAGUUUAUUGAAGAAUAUACACCCCUGAAGGACGAUAACACCAGAAAGCUGCAGAUUGAGAGAGAUGCAACCACCUGAAAAACUUAAGCAGAAUUUUUCUGUUUCUUGAAACGACGUUUCAGGGCCCUUCGUCGGGAAGUUAACUACUGACUACCAACUCCCUGAUGAAGGGCCUUAAAGUGCCUAUGACACGUUAACUAUGAUAAACUCUGAUGAAGCCUUAGUGCCUUCAGAAUUUCCAAACGUUUAUGGUUGCAUUGUAAAGAUCACUUACUGCUAUUUGCAAGCUCAACGUUUGGCGGUGUGUUCAAUGAAACUUUGCUAAGAUGUGGCAAACGUUGAUUGGCUUGCUCAAAACGUUAACGUUUUCCGGUCAAAACCUGAACGUUUGAAACGCAAACAAACAUGAAAAAAAAUCGUACGCCUAAUGGUAGCUUGCAAACAGCAGUAAAAUGACUUAAUAGUUUCUUUUAUAGAAUUUUGGUAACUUGCUCCCUUGUCAAGAUAUUAAACUUUGUUUCAUAUGCAAAUAUCACCGGUGUGUGACAUCACAUCACAUAAUGAUUUGCAGAAAAGUAUACUGUUUUCUUGACGAAUACGUAUCUAAAAAACUUAAAAAUUGCCAUUGUAUAUGUAUUAAUUGCAUAACUGGUAAUUAACCCUCUGUAUUUGUUUGUAAAAAUAUUUUAUCAAGGUAAAAUAUUGCGUUUUCAAAAUGUCAUGCGAUGUGAUGUCACAUGCACUGGUGAUAUUUGCAUAUGAAACAAAGUUGAAUAUCUUGCAAAGGAAUCAAGUUACCAAAAUUCUAUAAAAGAAAUUAUUAAGUCAUUUUAAGUGAUCUUUACAAUGCAAUUAUAAACAUUUGGGGUGAAAUUUCGUGUCAUAGGCACUUUGAGUUUUGUCCGCAGCUGUCUUGCACUAACCGUUUUAGUAACACUUAGUCAAACCGUUUUCACGAAGAUACGUUCUGUCAUAUAGGUCACUGAUUUUACUAGGAAACUCCUUGAACGUGCUUGACAAGAAUUUCAUAUUCACAGAAGGAUGGGAACACUUCGUUACUGUACAUUCUAAUUAUCUUCUUAAUAUGUAGGUGAACAAAUUGAUAAGAAGUGGUGCUAAUAUACUUGCGCCAAUUAUUGUCAGCCACAAACAUCCUCCCGGGACUGUGGUGGACUACGCGUACAACGUCUUCUAUCAGGUAGGAUUAACACUGUUUUAAUCGAUCGGAUUUUUUAGUACUGUUAUUGCUGCUUUUAAAUAUAAGACUAUCAGAGCAACGAUGCAGGGUUUUAAAGCACUAACUAAGCCGUCACUGCAUCGUAACGGUUAAAUUAUUAAUAGUAUUAUGGUGGGUACAUGUGUUCACAUGCAUGCAGGUGCAACGAAUUAUUUUAUCUCGUGAGCUUGAAAACAAAACUGAGCUUGAAGUCCCCCUCUCGUGAGCUGUGCUAUUUAGGAAAAUGCCUUUAAACAUAAUAAAUGUCCUGGUAAUCGUAUGUCAAUUGUGCAAUUAUAAUAUUUUUCUUAUAUUUUUCACAUGUACUGUUUCAUUAGUCUUUAGUUCGUCUUUUUUUUAAAUUAUAUACGUGCGAUUUUUUGUAUAGGAUCGAAGAAUAGCCCAUACCCCUUACCAUUCAUUGACACCUUAUGAGAGAGAAAUAUAUAUUGCUCGGCGGAAAAUGCUUGAUCAUCUGGCAGAAUUACUGCGGACACACGUUCUUAAGAAAGAAAAGAAACUGCUCGAGGAGCAGUUAUCUCGCGCCAAAGGUAUGAUCAUAGGGGGUGUUUGUACGACAAAAUCAGACUUACUGAACAUUAUAAUUUAAUCUGAAGUCCAUGCAAAACUCAUGCAUGAUUGCCUGUUUUUGAUAACAUACACAACAAAUGUAAUAAAGUUCUUUUAUAAAACUGAAAAAGCAAUAAUCGUCAAUUACCUUUUUAGUGCAAACAUUGUGGUCAUAAAUACAUUGAUACUAUAGACAUUAUACAUGCAUACAGUCAUGUUGACUUCAUGGGGGGCACGUCAUGAGCCCCAACGCCCCGGGGAGGGUGGGACCCAGACCGCUCCAUCUUCCCUAGAUUUUGUGAAUCUCCCUCCACAUUUAGACCGAAAUCUGGCUUUGUAUUAUACGUAAAGGUGUGAGGAGGGGGUGGGGCGGUCUUCCCUUCCUCACCCAACCAUCCUUCCGCACUGUUAACAUGUACUAUUGACAUGGCGAAUAGAUAUAUAGAUAUGUUACUUUUCUACUUUUAGAAUUGCAAGAGGAAUCUUGUGAGGAAAUUCAUGAAGAAAACCUUGACCGAGCAGUGAGUUUUUACUUUGAUGAAACACAAAGUGUUUCAGAGCUUGGUUCUUCGUUUGAAAAGGUAUUUAAUAUUUCUUUAUAUACGACGUAUUAUAUCAAAGUAUGAUAUGUUAUGUCAAACGAAAGUCCAAAUCAAUUUAGAGCAUGCAGUUGUUAUAUAAAUCUAAAUAUUGGUUAUCGUUCAGUAUUAAAAUUUAUCGUUCACUAUUAAACGUUUUUGUUUCAUGAUUAUAUAACACAUGGUUAGCCAAAGUAUUAAACUAAAAUAAUGAUUCAAGAAUACGAAAUUACAAUAUAACCACCACUAUAUAUUCUAUUCCCAAGAAUACGCAAUACAAUAUAUAACCACCACUUUGUAUUCUAUUCUAGGCGUCUAUUUACGACGAAAGCCAUGAAACCAUGUCAUGUUUUUCAUUAAGCGACAGUCGUUUUCCAGAUUGUGGUCUACGUGUUGCUGUCGUUCAAACACCAUCUGAUCACAUGAACGUAUCUCGACUAUCUGUGAACUCUACGAAGAAGCGUCAGCUCAUUCGAAAGAAUCGCUUUCGUUAUUGCUACGAGUGUGGUCGAUCUGUUGCAGUCCGCCUGGCUGCGUGCACGAGAUGUAAGGAAGUUUUCUAUUGUAGUAGAAGCUGUAAGUUAAAGGCUUGGAAUUCUCGACAUAGAGAAGAAUGCAUAAGAUUAUCAGGUGAGAAUAUUUUAGAAUAGAUCUAUAAUAAGUAUUCUUAUAUCGCCUCAUACAUAAGAAUUAAACACGGGAAUUAAUGUCUAUUUACAACAUUCGGCUUCGGCUCGAGUUAAUGUACCAAGCAGGAGUGUUUUAUCAGAUAUAAAGAUACGAGGCGAAGCCGAGUGUCUUUAGGUCUUGUAAAACACGCACUGCGAAUGUUUUAAAUUGCUUCAAAAACGAUCGAUCUAGUAAGGUCAUUGGUGAAGUAAUUUUCAAAAAACACGUUGUGGAAGUUGUCAAAGUUAAAGUUCGUCAAAGUAAAAGGGAAAUCUCUAUCACAUAUAAAGAUGCGACACAUUUUUUUGUGUUUUCCUUAUGAAUUAUUAAUGAGUUUUUGAAAUAUCCGAUGCAACAUGGCCGCGAAUGUUGUAAAACGUGAAACGUCUUCAUGUGAAACGUCUCCAUGAGAACAUUCGUAUUCUUCAAGAAUUAAAAAAAAACAAUUAUGAAUUAUUUGAGUGAGAAAAUUGAACUCAAAGUUUUUGUAAAUCAGCAUUCACGGUCAUGGUUUCUUUUGUGUUUUCAUGUACAGUACUUUUUGUUAUUAAAAUUUCAUUUAUACUCUUUAUUCUAGUGUCUUACUGUCUUCAUGGUGCAUGUCGAGUCAUAACUUUGCCUUUAAAUAGAAGCAUAUGCAUGCAUAGAAACCCUGCCCUUUUAUAUAAAAGUUUUUUGCGAUCAUGAAUUCCCGCUACUAUAUAUAGCUAAAGUAAAAUCAUAUAAACCAAUUAAAAUCAAUUUUUUAGAAAUUUUGAACAAGAUAAAUUCCUUUUUAAUUUCAGCAAGGAAUAAAAGCUCUCUUUCUAGAAGAACAGACAGUCCAACCUCCGUUGCCAAUACAGAAAAAGACAGUUCGUUAAUGAGUAAUUCAAAAGACAGUAUUAUUAAACGACGAAAUUCUCGAAAUUGCUCCAAAAGCUCAAAGAAGCAUCCAACAAAGACGUUAUCAGAUGUUUACACAAAUGAUACGAGGAUUGUACGUUGA